AUGAAUCCAUUAAAAACGUUCCGAAUAUAUUUCCAUGUACCAGUGACUCCAAGGAACCAAAGUGACGUUAGACGCAUAUUUGAGUGGUUCGCACAAAGAGGAACGCUGGGUACUUACCUUAUGGGAAGGAGUCCUGAGUCAAAAAGAUAUCAAAGAUACGGCUUCAUAACAUACAAAGAUAGCGCAAUCGCCGAAGAGUUACUAAACAAUGAAUUUCACCCUGUAGACUUUUACGAUGAACCGAUAAGAGUUCGAAGGGCUGAUCCUCUGAAUGGAAGAAAAAUUGCAACGAGUAUCGAUAAGAUACCGCUAAAUCAACGAAUGAUAUGGGAAGGGUUCUUUCCUAGAGAUAAUUUCACCAAAAAGAGUGAUAUUGCCACCGUAGAAUUCACUGAUGGGAUUGAUGCUGAAAAUUUUAAUGCAGAUGCAGAAUCGGAGUCUUCUCGGCACCAUAAUGAUAAUGAUGUUAACGAAUUUCCAAUGUUUUUAGGAAUGUGGGAUUUUGAGCACUGCGAUCCUAAACGAUGCUCCGGUAAAAAACUUUCGAGAUUAGGAAUUGUAAAAAUUCUCAAAGUUUCUUCUCGAUUUCGUGGGAUUUCGCUAAGUCCAAAUGGUGAACAAGCAGUCUCACCCGCGGACAGGACAAUCGUCCAAGAACACGGUCUGGCAGUGGUGGAUUGCUCAUGGGCGAAAUUGGAUAAGGUGCCAUUUGAUAAACUUAAAUCUACAAAUAACCGAUUACUCCCUUAUCUGGUUGCUGCUAAUCCGGUAAACUAUGGUCGUCCAUGGAAACUUAACUGCGUUGAAGCGUUUGCCGCGUGUUUUUUUAUAGUUGGUUUUCCUGAACACGCUAAAACUGUGCUUGCGAAAUUUAAGUGGGGUCAUACGUUCCUCGAAAUCAACGAGACCAUCUUGAAUAAAUAUGCUGCAUGCAGCGAUUCCGCCGAUGUUGUGAAAGUUCAAAAUGAGUGGCUUGAAGAUAUACAGAGAGAAUACGCUAGUAAACGUGAUAAAGGUAUUUAG